UCGAGAAUUCAAUGGAAAACAAUAUCCAGAUCUGUUAAGUAAUAUUUAUUCGCAAGAUGCUUUUGGAGUUUAUUUUGCUAAACAAUCAGUGGAAAUCAAGGAAAAUCUGCAAAAACUUCGAAAUCAAAUCGAAAAAGAUAAAGAAUAUAAAGAAGAAGAAGUAAAUAAAGCCAAAAAAGAAUGUGAACAACUCAUGAAAAAAGCCAAUGAUCUUACAUGUCAAUGUAAAUUGAAUCAGUUGUCUGUUCUUCAGAAAUGCGAUCGAUGCAAUACUAUAAAGGAAGCGGAGAAUAUAACAGUCAGCAUUUAUGAAUGUCCAUUACCAGCAGACGAAAGUAAAGCUUUAGCUGUUAUGUUCGAAUUACAAAUGCCAAUUGAAAUCCGAUGUUAUCGAGACAUCCUUUGGCAAUUCAUCAAUCGUCCUAAACCCAAUCCGUCGCAUCAAAUGCACGAAUGGUUAAGUAGACGUCCCCAUAGUACAAAACUUCAACCGUUCUACAAAGGCCCAAAGCAUUCCAAAGUGAAAUUAGUAUCUACCGUUAAGUCGAUAUCAGAAAGUCGUUAUUCAGGUGCACGAAAGGUCAUAAAUACACCAUUGGAAGGAUACUUUUAUGAGAGUGCUCUAUCGGUUGAAAUCUCUCCAACUAAAACAAUCGAAUUUUCAGAAGAAUGUCGAAUUUUAACUCCCGAACUAACAGAUCCAAAUUACAAAGAUUUACAAUUCUCUAUUGAUAAUACAAAAUUCGUUCAAAAUUGUGUUAUAGCUGAACUGUCAAAGUGUUCACAAGAAUUAUCAGUAGCAGAAUUUGUUGAGUUUGGUUCAUUUCGUUCUGGUCAUCGUUUACAAUGGUGGAAUCUUUUAAGUAUUCUUGAAUCAGAUUCUCUAUCGAUGGAUGAAGAAAGUGUUGCAAUACUCAUUACACAUGCACUUUUGCAAUAUGGUCCAGUAACAGACGACCCAACUUCCCCUCUCAAUCGAUGGUGUCCAGAAUCACAUCAACAAUUAUUAGAAGAUCAUUUUCUAGAUGAAUUAAUGACAAGAAUAGAACGUCAUUUGAAAGAUUGUGAAUGUAAUUGGCAAAAAGAAUUGAUCUUAAUAACUAUAACAAUAAUCGUCAUGAGAAUGUUUAGUCUUUGUAAUUCAACAAGAAAAAAGCAAAUGACUAAUUUAGUUUUUAAAUGCCGUCAACUUGGUGAAAAAUGGAUUCAAGCUAUUUCGAAACAUAUUCAAAAUCCAUCUUCACUGGAUUCUGAUAAUACGAAUACAUUGCGCGAUAAAAUUUUUAUAAUUGGUAUUGCAUGUUUACAAACAUUUUCAAUCUAUGCUGAUACCAGCAAUUCAUUAAAAUUAUCAAAUCAAGAUGUUAUUUUCUUAUUGAAUAUAUCGAUAACUGUUCAUGAUAAUAUGAUUUUAACCAAGAAAAGUACAAAUAUGAGUGUAUUUAUGAGAAAUUUGAUGCGUUCUAAAGAACGUAUUUUAGUAACAAUACAACCACUUGUAAGCGAACUUCUUGAAAAAACUUCCUAUGAAAGUUUAAAUGAAUUCUGCUCUCUAUAUUGGGUAAUUCUACGAAAGCGAAAAUCAUUAGAAACAUCAUUUAUUCAUGAAUAUUUUGUUUUUACAUUAAAUGAUCGUUUACGUAUUCUUCAACCGACUGAUAGUCCAACAGGAUGUCUCUAUUUAGCAUUGUUACAUGCACUAACAUCUCAUCCAUUGCCCGAUCAAUACACAGGAAUGACUGGAAUGGAACGCUCAUUUCAAUUAUUGUAUUCGACUGGUUGUUGGUCUGAUCAACCGUUCGAUUCAAUUACAAGAAAUAUUCUUCUUCA